GAAAACAGCUAUAAAUAAUUACUACCAAAACCCGUUUAUUUCAACGGAAAUUAAAAUAAAAAAUACAAGCAAAGCUUCUCAGUCUUUACAGCAAAGCCAAGCGCAGCACAGUCAAAGGAAAGAAACCCUCCUCUUUCCUCAUUUCUUGUUCCCCAUUUCCCCUUCGCCAUUUCUCCCAUGGCCAAAACCAGACCUGGCAAGCGGGACCUGGACUCGUACACAAUCAAGGGCACCAACAAAGUUGUCAGAGCUGGGGAUUGUGUGUCGAUGCGCCCGUCGGAAAGUGAUACGGCCCCCUAUGUGGCACGUGUUGAGAAGAUUGAGGCUGAUAAUCGAAGCAAUUGCAAGGUUCGAGUAAGGUGGUAUUAUAGGCCAGAGGAGUCACUUGGGGGGCGGAGGCAGUUCCAUGGAGCAAAGGAGUUGUUCCUGUCAGACCAUUUGGAUGUUCAGAGUGCUGAUACUAUUGAAGGGAAGUGCAUCGUCCAUACUUUCAAGAAUUAUACCAAACUUGAAAAUGUAAGGCCUGAGGAUUAUUAUUGCCGAUUUGAGUAUAAAGCUGCUACUGGUGCUUUUCUUCCGGAUCGUGUUGCAGUGUACUGCAAAUGUGAGAUGCCAUAUAACCCUGAUGAUUUAAUGGUGCAAUGUGAUGGGUGCAAAGACUGGUAUCAUCCUGCUUGUUCUGGGGUGAGUAUUGAACAGGCGAAGCAAUUGGACCUGUUUGUUUGUUCUGAUUGUGCAUCUGUUGAUGUGAAAAAGCAUCAGACCAAAUUAACUGAAUCUCCAGUAAUGAAUGGAAAGUUGGAAACAAAGCGGCAGAAGAAGUAAGCUGGGGGAGCACAACGAUGCUGUUGGAGAGAUUGUCAAUUUUCAUUAUUCUGGUGUUGUUGUGAUGUUGUAUAGCUGUGGUGGAUAUAUUUUGUCAUCUCCUGAAUGGGUAAAUUGUAUGGAUAUUAGUAGAUGGCUUUGAAGCUUGUGAUAUGCUCAGGAUGAGCUUCUGCUGUUGCAAAUGUGAAGCCAAAUUUUAGAUAAAUUAACUUUGUUGGUUUUGAAUUUUCAAUGUCAAGCUAAGAAUUUGGGCUUUUACUUUA